AGGAGGCGGCACGGGUGCUGUUUCUCCAGUCUCUUUCCCCUGUCUUUGUCUCACACACUCUUUUGUUAGCCAUGCCUAGCCUGCUGGUUCUAGCAGGGAUCAUGGAGAAAAAUGGGGGCUACGGCGGGGAUCUGGCCGGCUCCGGCUUCGGAAGCGAGGGUCUCCUUGUGCCGCCCGAUGAAGAGGAAGACGACUCCCGUGCCCUCAGGGUCGCGCUGGGCCAGUUGUCUCUGCUGGGGCUCGGGGAAGGCGAGGACGGCGGCGGAGCCCCAACAACAGGAGUACAGGACCGGAGUAACAAUAACAACAACCACCACAACCAUACGAACAACGUCGGAGGUGGCGGGGACACGGGGAUUCUGCAAGGGAAAAGCAAGUUGUGCGCCCUGUACGAGAGCUCCUCAAGUGAGACGAAAGGACGAGGCUGCAACAUAACAGAAUGCGUCCCAGUGCCCAGCUCUGAACAUGUGGCCGAAAUAGUGGGGAGACAAGGUUGCAAGAUCAAAGCCCUGCGGGCCAAGACUAACACCUACAUCAAAACCCCCGUUAGAGGAGAGGAGCCUGUGUUCUUAAUCACUGGCCGGAAGGAAGAUGUUGCAUUGGCCCGCCGUGAAAUAAUCUCUGCUGCAGAGCACUUUUCCAUGCUCCGGGCAUCCCGCAACAAGCUGGGUGUGUCCUUCAGCGGCUCCCCGCCCACGCCUCUGCCAGGCCAGACCACCAUCCAGGUGAGAGUGCCAUACCGUGUUGUGGGGCUGGUAGUGGGGCCCAAGGGCUCUACCAUAAAACGCAUCCAGCAGCAAACUUGCACCUACAUCGUCACUCCAAGUCGGGACCGCGAUCCUGUCUUUGAGAUCACCGGGUCACCAAGCAACGCCGAACGGGCCCGCGAGGAGAUUGAGGCACACAUCGCCUUCCGCACAGGAGGCCUGCAUGACCACAAUAAUGAGAACGACUGUCUGGGGCCGGAUGGCGGAAGCAGCCCAGCGGGCAGCAGCGGUGGUCUGGAGAGCCGGCUACAGCAGGUGUGGGGGCUGCAGGGGGGCCAGCGCAAGCCUCUCACCAGCAGCUACCGCCAGAACUUCUCAGAUGCCAUGGUUGGAGGGGGAGGGGGAGGAGGAAGUGAGGGAGGGGGAAUCUACACCAAGGGAAACUUCUCCAGCCCCGGAGAGAAGCCUUGCUCUUAUUUUGGAUCAGAGGGCACCCAGAGCUGGGGUGACCCCGACUAUCCCAAACAGGUGGCCUUCUAUGCCCAGCAGCGUUCCAAGAGCUUUGGAGGCCUGCCCCUCCCGCUGACCAGACUCUCUCCAGGUCUGCCUGAGCCCUGCGGGGGAGGAAGCACCACCAACUCUUCAGUCACCAGCAUUGUGGCCGUGGCUGGCUCACCCCAUGCUCAGGCCCGCCGUGCCCACAGUGAGCCCACUUCGGCUGGUGGGGGUUUCCCUGGCCGUCUGCCGGUGCCGGACUCACCGCCGGCCACUGUGCGGGACUGCAUGACCUGCUUCGAGAGCAAAGUGACGGCUGCCUUGGUGCCCUGUGGCCAUAACCUCUUCUGCAUGGAGUGUGCCAUCCGAAUCUGUGAGCUCAACCACCCAGAGUGCCCAGUGUGCCACACCCUGGUCACACAGGCCAUCCGAAUAUUCUCUUAAGGAAAAACCACAUCAGUUUUUAUCAUUAGUUUCAUCAGUGUUUGUUCAAUAAUUAUUUACUGUUAUUAUUAUUAUUAUUGUUAUUGUUAUUAUUAUUAUUAUUAUUAUACGUAAGUACUUUUUUUGUUUUUCAGAAAAUUUAAAACAACCAAGCAGAUAUUUUAGAAGGCACUGCUUGCUUUACUAAAAAGUAUAAGAAAUAUUUUUAAGUUUUUCUUUUAUAUAUAUAUAUGCAUAUAUAUUUUAUAAAAGUUUUGUUUAUAAGAGAAGUAUAGUACCUUGCAUUUUCAGUUUUUUGACUGCUGCUGUUUUUCAUUCAUGAAUCACAGUGUGGGCAGGAGUAGAUAGUAAUGUGAACAUUUUAUUAUUCAAAUUUUUUUAUUUUACCAUGAAGUGGGUUUAUAUGGAAGGAAGAGGAUGAUUGUUUAGGUACCCAUUCUGCACCUGAUUGACCUAGCCAGUCAAUAUGUAAUUAUUAGAAGGAGAGAAAAAAAAAAUCAUCGCACCUUACAAUCAUCUUGGUCUCAAAUAGGAUUGUCAAUCACACCUUCAAAUUUAGGGAGCUGAUGUGAAGGUGAAUUCAGCCUGCUCUUUUUUAUUGUGAUUGUGAUUUGAUAUAAUUGGUCCAAAUGGAUAUUCAUUUUAACAAAUUGAAGGGAAAAAAUAGACUGAUUGUGGUCAAAGCUUUGUCAUCUUUAUGAAAAAGAGGAAAAAGCAACCCCUAGUGCAUUCUUAUACCUGGUAGUAAACCAGAUUAACAAUUCAUAGGGUUAGGACAUUCCAUCACUUAUUUAUAGUAUUUGGUUAUAUUUUAUUGGUGUCACUAUUCACAGAGAUAGAUGAAAGUUAUACAAAAUAUAUGAGUACAAUUUUCUUUCCAAUAUUCAUUGAUUACACCUUGGUCACUGCAGUUUGUUGAAAAGAUUCAGCAAUGCUUGCUCCUCGUGGCACUUGAAAAGCAUGUGGUUCCUCGGUUGGCGUUAAGCACUGAUUUAAUUUGUGAGGCCGAAAGCCUUGGAAUUCAUCCAGUUGGCUAGUUCUCGAGAUCUGUCUCCCUGAUGGACUCGUUUCAAAGCCACCUUAACCGCGCUUUAUUGUCUUAUGUGGUCAUUUGGCCACAAUCGCUGAACGAUAUAGGACAAAACCAGAGCUCCAGUCAACAAGCAUUUCUCUGAGGUGUACACAGUGUAAAUAAGCAAGAGAAUUAGUGUGUGGACCGAAGCAAAGUAAA